CGCAUGCGCACUCGACUGCGCACCGGAGCAGCGCUAAUGGCGGAGAGCGUGCGGUCGCCGUUUGACUACCGGGAGCCCCCGACUCUCGACAGCGACGGGGAUGGAAGCAAGCCGCCGCCACCGCGCGGGCGUGUGUGUGGCAGGAAGAGGAAGGGGACGCCGGUGAAGGUGUGUGACCGUGCAGCAUAUGUGACGGAGGAUGAGGAGGAGAGUCUGUCUGAACACAGUUACAGCCCAGGAAGAGACCGCUUGACUGACAUGCAAAUUGACCAAGCACACAGUUUGUGCCAUUUAGUGGCGGGGGACGAGCAGUAUCCAGAGGGCGCUGAAGACCGACUUCCUCCGCCGGGCAGUCCGUUCUACCUCACUGACCCCUCACAGCUCUGUGUGCCUGAGCUCGGUGAAGAAGGCGCGAGCGGCGUCCGCGGCCCCGUGCUUUUCCACCCGCCACCCAACUGCAGGAUUAGAGAGGUGCAUUGUGGGAGUCAGGUGCGGCUUGUCGUCAUAGCGAUUCGAGACAUUGCCAAAGGAGAGGAGAUCACUGUGGACUACAGCUUGACCGACUGGGGAGAAAAUCCCAUGGGUUUCCACAGUUCAGUGUCUCCGCCUGGAUUUGAAUGUGGAUUCAACCCCGAGAACAACAUUAAGAAGGAGGAGGAUCCCGGCUCACUACCGCUCUCUCUCACAGUUUCUGACUACCUCACUCCAUCAUGGUCCCUCUCGCCAUCCUCCUCGCCGAUGUCUCAUUCUGAGGCCAGCGACUCGGACCGCGAAGAGGAGGAAGAAGAUGAUGAUGACGAAGACGAUGAAGACCUCGAGGAACUGCGUGGCCGUAUGAUGAGACGGCGUAAGAAACUGAAAACUUCAGCGAGCGUCAAGAAAAAGGCCACGCCCCGCCCACUGUCGUUCACUUGCCCCGCCCCUUCCUCUCCCUCCCCCUUCCAGCAGCCUCUGGCCCCACCCAUGACAAACAUAAACAAUAAUAUUAACAUAAACAUUGGGCAUGGCGCAAGCGGUGCGUUAUCCCACCGGCAGCACUGCCCGUACUGCGGCCGCCAUUUCCGCUCACUCGCGCGCCAUCUUGAGAAACACCACGACCAGCAGCCUGAGGUGCGAGCCGCCAUGGAACUGUCGCACCACCAUACGCCUCCCCAACCCACAACGACCACCAACACGCACACAUUUUCAUCGCCCGCACAACCCUCGUCCUCUCUGGGACCGUCGCUGUUUUCACAGGAACGCGAUUCUGUGUCAUCGCCGUCUAAAUCUGGUGCUGUCUCGUUUUCGCUCUCCCUGUCACCACCUACUUCUUCGAAUACCUCUAAAAAGACCGCCACCUCCAUCUCAACUACUAAAAAGGGCGCAGCUCCCGCUGCCAGCACCGUCAACAAAAGCUCUCCUGUCACGCCCAACCCUCCCACCAAGAGGGGGCGCCCUCCAAAGAAAGGAAAGGAAAAGAAACAGGAGGAGCUGCAGCAGGCCAAAGAAGAGGCUCCUCCUACUCCAGGUCAAGAGGGGGAUGAGGAAGAUAAAGAGGAGGAUGAGUUAAACAUGAAAGAAGGGAGUGUAGAUGAGAAGAACGGUGAGAUGGAGAGCUCUCAUCGGUCACACAUGCCUCCUCUCCUCUCCUCACUUUCUACACUGGUUCUGUACCUCCGUCAGCAGCAGCACUCCUCUUUUCUCUCACUUUCUCGUUCGCCCAGCUUGGCAGAGUCAUGGCGUUUGCUGUGCCACUCAAGCUUGGCUCUUCUUAUCUUGUACAACCGUCAUCGCGAGUGCGAGGUUGCCAAACUCACCAUUCAAGACUACCGCGACCGCUCCACGCCUUCCCCGAACUCCGUCUCUCCGCUGGAGUCGACGAUUUCUCCUUUCGAACGCCACGUCCUCUGCCACCUCCCCCGGGUGGGCGUAAUGGGCAAACGCGGUCGCAUUCAACCCCUCAUUCUUCCGCCCAAUUCCGAAGCUUGUCUGGACCUUCUCCUCAAGACCUCCGCGGAUGUGGGUGUCGAUCCAGAGAGCCCAUAUGUCUUUUCGCGACCGUACCACUCUCCCGCCACGCCGCUACGCGGGACAGACCUACUUCGAGGUUUGGCGCGUACUAGCGGUGCUAAAAACCCCACGGCGCUCACCGCACCCCGUGCUCGCCGCCAAGUGGCCAUCCUCACCCAACUACUCUUGCUGGAGGAGGGCGUGAGGCCUGCAGGCACAGCCGUGAAGCGACUGGAAGACUUUCUUCAAAAGGAGUACCAUGUGACACAAAGCUGCACGCGGAUUGGUCAGGACCCAGCGCUGAUGAGUCGCGUGGGACGGGUGGUGUUGUACGGAGAGCGAGAGGGUGUGCUGUUCAGAGGGAUGAGUCUUCAACACAUCUGUCUCGAACUGGACGUGAUGUCAGGGAACUCUGCCGACUCUUUUUCGGAUGAUACGGAUGGAGAGAGUGAGAAGAAUAAAGAGAAAGCUGAAGUUGUGAAGAAGGGAAGAUCCAGCGCUCGAAGGCCGAUGCCUAAAAAGAGAAGCCGCCCACAUGUGACACCGGCCACGCCCUCUCCUUCAGGUGCACACAAGAGGCGGAGCUCCCAGGUCAAAUCAGGUAAACGUGGCGUUCUGAAGCGGCCGUGGUCGGAAGCAGAGCGGGUUGCCGUGGAGACUCACCUGAAGCGGAAUAUCGUGGAACUGCGCGUUCCUGCUAAAGCGGACUGUGAGCGGUGUCUGCAGCACUGCCCCCUGCUGGUCACCAACCAGCGCGACUGGAGGGCUAUUAAAUUCUACUGCCACAACCGCAUUCAGCUGCUGAAGAAGCAGGGACGCAGAGAAGGCACCGGCGCAAGCAUCUGUUAACUACAGUAACAACACAUACACGUUAAUAUUUCACCAAAAAAUACAAAUUGUCAUUAUUUGUUCACCCUCGUGUCGUUCCAAACUCAUAUGCUGUUAUGGAAUGACAUGACGGUGAGUGAAUAAUGACAAUUUUUAUUUUUGGUUGAACUUUUCCUUUAAGCUUCUACAGAGUGCAAUGAUGUACACACUUUCCACAUUCCUAUGUGUGAGAAUUACGACGCUUGAGUUUUAACAGAAUGUUUUCAAACUAUGAAACUUUUCACUCUCUGGACGGACUGUGAACGACACUCACAUUCAGUAAUGAACUGGUGCAAAUAUUGUGAAGUUAUUCCUGAACUAUUUCAUUUCUAUAAGAAUGUUUUUCAUUUGAAUCUUGAUGUUGGACUGCUGUGGAGUCGGACCGUUAUGUUUUAUUUUUACUCCACUAAUAACUAACCGCGGUAAACAAUUGGGACCAGUAUUUGUUUCAAGAGUAUUUGACGAGAAAUCAGUGUUACCUCACUUCAUAGACGCUCAUUCACUUAAGAUUAAGUGAAUCUUAUGAAAACAUGGCCAUAUUUCACCUGAAAAGCAAAAGUCAAAAAUAUUGUUUUUAUAAUGUUUAUAUAAAUAAUGCUAAAUGUUUUAGGACCAUUAAGAUUUUUGUUUUCAUGACAAUUAAUCACAUUUUCCACCAAAUUCUCAUUACUGAAAUGUUUCGUAUAUAGUGUUGCACUAGUGGUGCGUACGGUCUCACUUAAUUAGGAACAUAAAGUUCAAACUAUGGGUUUAGUAAUUAAGUUCUUAAGCCAAAACUUAUUGAGUAUGUUUUAAACUCUCCGUACUCCUGAAGUGUUAAAAAGCCGUGAAUUUCAGGUUUUUGUCUCGCAUAACUGUCAGCGGUACUAAACUACAUUUCUAUUGAAAUACGAUAUGUAAAAAAUAUUUCGGCGGUCUCUAAACGGUUCACGUGCAUUGUGAUGGCAAAGCAGGUUCACCCUUUCGUGCAAUUGAUGAAAAACGUAAUCUGUCAAAUCAAAGUCAAAAUAAAAGCUCCAGGUGAAAUAAAUAUGACAAAUAUAUUACUAUUGUAUAAAAAAAAAAUCUUCAAAAUAAUAAUUGUAAUUCAGUAUCAUAUUAUAAAAAUAAAAAUGGACUGAAUAAUAAUAAAUAAUAUAUAACUGGGUUACAAAAUAUGGCUAAAUAAAACAUGAGUUUUUGCACACGCUGUUUAUUCACAAAAAAUGUUCUAUAAAAAUAUAGUUAAUUAUUGCUUUUUUAUUACUGUAUUGUUGUUUUGGUAUAAUCAGAUACAUUUAGGGAUGCUCUGAUUGAUCGGCCGACAGUCACAUCCUAUGACUCGAUCGGUACUUUGGCCGAUCGCAUUAACUGAUCACUCACGUUGCAAAAGACGCGUGGCUCCUUUAAGACUUCAGCAGCACUGUCAUGGCAUCAGGAGUGUGGGUAAUACUGGCAUAGUGUUGUAAGACAACAGACUUGAUUCAGCAGUUAAUGAUGCAGUGGGAGAAGUAUGGUGAAUAUGAAACGUUUGUGUACUGUUAAUGUGCCGUUUCAUAAGCGACAAGGAGAACGAUGCGAGCUGUGAAACUGUCCUUAUUAUCGUUCAUGGUGGCAGCGUCUGGGCAUCGGCAUCCCAGUAAUAAAGUGUCACAUUAAGUUUAAUUGCACCUAUGUGUUAUCAGUUUGUCUCCAGUUUGACACCAAGCUUCAUUUUUUUGUUUGAUCUUAAUAGAGAAUAUUUUGUUAGCCUAUACUUGAUUUAAAAAAGCUUUUUUUAAGUAAGCCUUUUAAACUUUUUUUGUCAGCAAAAACUAGGCAAAGUGAUAUAACUGGGUAGAGGAAAAUUCAAUUAAUAUUAGCAGUGUGCAGAAAGCUCACAUGACAGAGAUCCUGAUAAAAGGUGAAAUGAUCGGGAUCGGCUGUAAAAAUCCUGAUCGGAGCAUCCCUAUUUAUUAUAUUAGAAAUUAAAUACCAUUCUUGUGUUUAUUUUGUGAAAAACUGUGGAAAGCAUGCCUUAUCUUUGACUUGAAAGAUAUUAAACAGUUUCAAUCUACUUGAGUUACUUGAGUACAAUGGUUGAAUUAAACAUGAUGAUUUAAAAUCACGUCAUUUUUGAUCAAAUAAACAAUUAUCGAGACAGAUAAAAUAUUGUCAACAGUUUGCUCAGUUCUUAAUAAAACCCAGUAGAAAAUUGCAAACGAUGAAGUAACAUCAUUUAAUACUCUUUUUACUAACUGGCAGCUGAUAAAAGAAGAAUAACUGUAUUUCUUUUUCAUUUUGCAGUUCAUCGGAUGAUUUGUCGGACUCGAUGUGAAUAGCGCAUUAUAGGAAUGCAUUGUUCCCGUUCAGAAUGAACAAUCGCACCGAAAGAACCUGGUGUGAACAAGCCUUUAAUUCUGAGUUUGUAAUUAGAAGACUUUAAUACAUUUUACCAUGUUGUAUAAAUGCUUGCCAAUGUGAAUAAUAUUUCUCCAAUUACUGUAAUGAAAAUUGUAUUGCCAUAAAAAUGUCACAAUGCAAACCAUCGGUAUGAUUGAAAGAAAUAGACUUACUAUUUGUAAUGCAAAAACAAUAUUUCCUGUUCUUCCUUUUGAUUUUGUGGUGAAAUAUGACCUGGACGUGUUUUGUGAGAUUCACUCAUCUGUGCUUUUAACUACAUGUUUUGUUGCAAUAAAUAAAUAUACAGCUGAUAUAAACAACAAACUCAAUUGACCUUUCGCUAAGCCCCACCUUAAAAACAAUUCUGACCAAUCCGACCCUAACUGCUGUUACCGUCCUCUAUUUUUAAUCAUUUAAACUGAAUUUUACAGAAAUAAUACGGUAUAAUUUGGUUGCCAUUCUGGUUCACCCUCUGUGCAAUUUAUCACGUUGCUGUUUUUGAUGUUUGAGUCAUCAUUGAGUCUGUGUCAUGUAUUUGGCGCCAUCUCCUGGUGGUCAUAUGUAACAUUGUGCUUCAUGUGGAUUAUCUAAUGAUCUAUACAUCUGAUUAUCUUGUGUGUGGACUCAUUUGAAAGAUAAUCACCUCCUCUAAAUAUUAGUAUGUGAUAUUUAAUUUUUCAUGAAGUUAUAAGUGAAAAUAAUGUAACAAUUAAAAAAAAAAGAUAAAAUGCUUUACAAUGUCACAGUUAAUUCUUACCGCUUUAUAAGCAGAUUUUACUGAAAAUCACAGUUUACGGUAACAAAAUGGGGCGGAGCUCAGCGGACGGUCAUUUACAUAUUUCUUACUCAAGCGGCAGCAGUAGUUCAGCUCGUUCUAUUCAUCAGAUCAUUUCAGUUCAAUUUUCAUUGAGUUCAGAGAUGAGCUAGUAAAUUCUCACCUGUGCCAACAGAACAAAAGCAGUGUUUCACCUUUAAAACCAGUUUUAACUGUAAAUUUCCCUUUUUAUCUUUACAGUCCUCUAAAGUGUAUUCAGUGUACAUUGAUGUAUCGUAAUGAUGAUAUUAGACAUUAGAAAUGCUUCUGGAGUACAUUCUGUAAAUAUUGACUUGUGUAAAAGUACUUCAUUUUAAAGUUGUUUUCUGAAAUACUGUUGUAAAGGUCUAUCAAAUUUUAGAAAGAUGCUAUCUGGACAAAUACAGAGAUUAAUGUCACAUCACAAAACAACAUAUUUGAUUCGCACAUUGUCAUGUGCUUUAUUACAUUACAAACAUGUGAAAACUAUAAUCAAUGUGUAUUUUAAUAUCAGCUACAAUUGACGUGUUCCACACAACACAGACUUGAGAGGGGAAAAAAUGGAAGAAUGUAUUAUUUUGUGUUACUGGACUUUGAAUUUCAGAUUUUCAUUCUGGUCUCAGAUUGGAGAAAAAGACAAUGAAUAAACAACAUGAUAAUUGUUUUGCCCCUGUUUUAUCUCAAAGACGCCUGUGGAAUUGAAAUGUAUGUGGUUAUAUUGUCAAUGUAUGGCAAAAGUGUAGCUGUGGACAGUUAUAUACUGUCUUAUUUUCUGUUUAUUAAACAUGUUAUUGCUUGAACAAGGUUUGUAACACUUCUCAGCAGAAUACACUUCAGUGAGCGCUUGAUAUUUCGAUGAGACACAUUCUGCUGUUAACAUAUACUCUUGAAAACACUUUCUAUGUCACUCAGGAGAGCACGGAUAGAUGCUUUUAAUAACUACAGUGGCAAGAAAAAGUAUGUGAACCCUUUGGAAUGACCUGUAUUUGCGGAUGAACUUGUCUAAAAAUCUGGCUAGUUACAAUAAUUUUACAAUAAAGUUUGAACUAAUAACACAACUUAUUGUAUUGUUCUUGUACAUAUUCAAUACGUCACUCAUAUGUUCACAGUGUAGGUUGGAAAAAGUAAGUGAACCCCCUAGGCUAAUGACGUCAACAAAUGCUAAUUAGAGUCAUCUGGCAAACCUAGCAUCCAAUUAAUGAAAUGAGAUUGGAGGUGUGGGUUAGAGCUACUUUGACUUAUAAGGGUUACAAAUUUAUCUCAAAGAGCUUAGAUCUUCAUCUGUCCACAGUUAAACAAAUUGUCUAUAAAUGGAGAUGAUUUAGUACUAUAGGUACUCUCACUAGAAGUGGCCGUCCAGUCAAAAUGACUCAAAGGGCACACCGCAGAAUGCUCAAUGAGGUAAAGAAGAAUCCUAGAGUGACAGAUAAAGACUUGAAGGAAUCAUUAGAACCGGUUAACAGCUCUGUUCAUGAGUCUACUAUACAGAAAACAUUAAACAGGUAUGGUGUUCAUGGCAGGACAUCAUGAAGGAAGCCGCUGCUUUCAAACAAAAACAUUGCUGCGCAUCUGAAGUUUGCCAAAGACCAUCUUGACACAACACUACUGGGAAAAUGUUUUGUGGAUCUGAUGAAACUAAGGUUGAAUUGUUUGGGAAGAACAUGCAGCACUGCGUAUGGCGUAAAAAGGGCACCUCAUUCCAACAUGAAAACAUCAUCCCAACGGUGAAGCACGGUGGAGGGAGCAUCAUGAUUCGGGGCUGCUUUGCUGCUUCGGGGCCUGGACCGCUUUCCGUCAUCAAAGGAAAAAUGAAUUCCCAAGUUUAUCAAGAUAUCCUACAGGAUAAUGUCAGGGUGGCUGUGUGCCAGCUGAAGCUCAGUAGAAGUUGGGUGAUGCAGCAGGACAAUGACCCUAAACAUCAAAGUAAAUCCACUACAGAAUGACUUCAAAAAAAGAAAAUCCACCUUUUGGAGUGUCCCAGUCAGAGCCCAGACCUUAACCCAAUAGAGAUGCUGUGGAAUGACCUGAAGAGAGACACCAGACAUCCUAAGAAUAUGUCUGAGCUGAAGCAGUUCUGUAAGGAAGAAUGAUCCAGAAAUCCUUCUGAACAUUGUGCAGGUCUAAUCCGCAGUUACCGGAAACACUUAGUUGAGGUUAUUGCUGCCAAAGGAGAAUUUUUUCCCACAGCACUCUGAAUGUUUAAUGAGAUGUGUUCAAUAAAGACAUGAAAGAUUAUAAUUGUUUGUGUGUUGUUAGUUUAAGCACAUUGUGUUUGUCUAUACGUGUGACUUUAAUGAAGAUUAGAUCAGAUUUUAUGACCAAUUAAUGCAGAAAACCAGCUAAUACCAAAGGGUUCACAUACUUUUUCUUGCCACUGUUCAAGUACAUACUCGGAUUUAUAACUAUAUAUAUACAGAUUUACAUUUAAAUAAAGGGUUCACAAUCACAUACUGUGUCAACGCCUCAAAAAGAAGCAGGUUAGUAAAAUACACAUUACCAUAUUUGCAUCAUACUAUUCUGUGUAAUGUUUAAAGGGUCUAUUAUUGAUUUUAUUCAUAAGAUUACACACAAUAAUAAAUGCAUUUUCAUGUAUAAUCAGACUUGUUUUACAAAUGAAUCUGAAGGAAUCACGCUUUUUUAACAUUAUUAUUAUGAUGUUAAUAUUCUGACUGUAAACAUUCAUGUAGCUGUAUAAUCACACACGUCAUUAUUACUAUUAUAAAACAACACUUUUGGCUUGUGUUUUUGUCCGUCGGUAGGCGAUACAAAUCAAAUGUAGCUCCUUUUUUUGUGU